AAAAGUAAAAUGUUAUUCAACGCUCAGCUGCAAUGCAAAUAUUGACAGAGUGAUGUUUUUAUUAAUCCCCUCUCCCCUCCCUAAUUCUCGAUUAAUGGUGUCGUCCUUCACCUUCAAUGUCACGCUUGUACGGACGGGAACGUUGAACGUGUGUGUAUACAGAUGAACCAUGUUUAAUUUCAGGUGUGCGUUUAAUUCAGCGAGCGCUUUAUGCCGACAGCUGCUCACCCCGCUGAAUGUCAACGGGACCGUCUCACAGUGUGGAAGCAGAAGGCUGCCGCAGCAGAGGCCGUUGUUCCUCAGCGCUAUGAGACAUCAGGAGGCGGAAGCUAGCACGGGGAAAGACUUCAGCUAUUUUCCCCCGAUGCCUGGUGAAGACAGUCCACUGAGAUGGGCUGGGAAGAAGUUUGAAGAGUUACCAAUUAUUCACAUAAAAGCAACAUACAACAACACACACAUCCAGCUUACAGACAGCACAGGACAGUCUUUGGUCCGGACGUCCUGUGGCACAGAAGGCUUCAAGAACAGCAAGAAGUCGACGCCCAUCGCCGCGCAGACUGCAGGCAUCUCUGCUGCCGCGAAAGCCACAGUAAAAGGAGUUACGUUUGUUCGUGUUGUGGUCAAAGGUCUUGGUCCUGGACGUCUGUCUGCAAUCAAAGGCCUGACGAUGGGAGGCCUGCAGGUGGUAUCGAUCACAGACAACACCCCCGUGCCACACAACGGUUGCCGCCCACGUAAAGCCAGAAGGAUCUGAUUACGCCCCGAUGCUGCAGCGCUUUGUAUGGAAGCUGUUAACUUGGACUAUGCUAAUAAAGAGUUUUGUUAUGCAA